CUUAUCUCUGUCUCUCAUAGCAACGGUCACCUCGAGGAGCUCACCGGCCACCGGACCGCCCCCCGCGCCCCUCCUCUACAUCCCCCGCUUCCUGCACCUUGCUGCCGACAAUUCAAACCAAUCAAUCGAUCCCGGGAUCGAUCAACCGUGAUGUCCACCGCGGUGGAUCGGAACCGGCGCGUGGCCUGCGGAAGGAUCAAAGCCACUGGAGCAGUGAACGACAUCAGCGCGUGACAGUCCCGAUCUUCCCCGCUGAGCUGAUCGAUCAUUUUAUCAGGUGUCCCAGCGCUCCCAAUGCUUCCAGUCCCGUCCUGGCAUGCUACCGGCCGCCAUCCAGAUCACAGGCGAGCUGCUUUCGGCGGCCGAGGUUCAGGACAUCUGUGACAGCCUGAAGGAAGACGGCUUGCGGCUGCUUUCCGUGCGCGGCUGCCAGCUCUCUGACCGGGACUUUGGGCAUGUGUGUCGUGGCGUAGCGGAGUCGCACUCGCUCGCCCAGCUCAAUCUCAACCUGGGGGUCGUCUCCGGCCUCAGCCGGACGAGACACCUGGCCGACGCCCUGAAGACCAACCGGUCCCUCCAGACCCUGUUUCUUCAUGGCAGCCCACUGAUGGACGCCGGCCUGGUGACCCUGAACAUGGCCUUGUCCAGCCACCCAACGCUGGUCUGUCUAGACCUGGGAGACUGCAUGCUGGGAGACGAUGCGCUGGGUCUGAUCUGUGGGAUGCUGCCUCCGGACGGAGCCAAGUCAGGUUUGAGGGAACUCACUCUCAGCGCCAACCCAGGAAUCAGCUCUAAGGCCUGGGCUCGACUCGCCAUUGCUGUGGCUCACAGCUCCCAACUGAGGGUCCUAAACCUCGACUACAACUCACUGGGUGAUCGGAUUGCAGGAAUGCUGGCGGUUGCCGUGGCGUCCAGUAGAACCCUGGAGGUGCUGGACCUGGAGGGAACCGGACUGACCAACCAAUCAGCACAGGUGUUCCUGGACAUGGUGGAGAACUACCCCACCUGUCUGAAGGUUCUGCUCCUGGGGGAGAACGACAUCAGUCUGGAGCUGCAGCAGCAGAUCUGUGACUUGCUGUCUGAGGGGGAGGAGGACGACAACAGAGAAUCUACACCCACACAGCGAGACGCCGCCUCCAGCUGCGCCCUGUCUGCUAUCAAAGACAAGUACCAGCCCCCCAGCUGGCAAACCCACAGCACUACAUUCAGGAAGCUGAUGUGACACUCGCACUCGUCCUGCGGCGCUGGCUGCUGUGAUGAUGUCAGCGGGCAGCAGGGGGCGGUGCCACGGGCCCUGCAGUGACCGUGC